GCCUCACCGCGGACACGGCUUCAGCCCCGGCACCGCACCAGGUCUUGCCGCGUCCCCAGGCUCUGCACCGCACCAGGCCUCACCGCGGCCACGGCUCCAGGCCCUGCACAGCAACAGGCCCCGCCUUCAACCACCACACCGCUUCAGGUCGAGGGAUAAUUAUACCAGGAUAAUUGUAUGCAAGGAAGACACAAGAAAUGUAUCGACCCAAAGUUACUUUAAAGGACCGGCAGCACCUUUACCGACUUAUUAUUGGCCAAUUACUUUAUGAUGGAUACAUGAACAUUGCAUCAAAUCUCAUAAAUGAGAUCAAGCCGCCAUCAGUUUGCUCACCCUCUGAGCAACUACUACAUCUUGCCAAGCUCGGAAUGGAGAAUGAUGACAAUACUGUUCAGUAUGCUAUUGGACGCUCAGACACUGUGGCUCCUGGAACAGGUAUUGAUAUGGAAUUUGAUGCUGAUGUCCAGACAAUGUCCCCAGAGGCUGCUGAGUAUGAGACAUGCUAUGUGACAUCGCACAAAGGACCGUGUCGCGUGGCUACCUACAGCCGUGAUGGACAGCUGAUUGCUACAGGUUCGGCUGAUGCAUCCAUCAAGAUUCUGGAUACCGAGAGGAUGCUAGCAAAGAGUGCCAUGCCUAUUGAGGUCAUGAUGAAUGAGACAGCACAGCAAAACAUGGAGAACCAUCCUGUAAUUCGCACGCUCUACGAUCAUGUGGACGAAGUCACGUGCCUUGCUUUCCACCCCACAGAACAAAUUCUAGCAUCGGGGUCAAAGGACUACACACUAAAGCUUUUUGAUUAUUCCAAACCUUCUGCCAAAAGGGCAUUCAAGUAUCUACAGGAAGCAGAAAUGCUGCGCUCCAUCUCUUUUCAUCCUUCUGGAGAUUUUAUUCUUGUGGGUACACAGCACCCUACUCUGCGAUUGUAUGACAUCAACACUUUUCAGUGCUUUGUGUCGAGCAAUCCUCGUGAUCAGCAUAAAGAUGCAAUCUGUGCGGUGAGCUACAAUCCUAGUGCCAAUACAUAUGUGACUUGCAGCAAAGAUGGCAACAUCAAGCUCUGGGAUGGCGUCUCAAACCGUUGCAUCACAACGUACGAGAAAGCCCACGACGGUGCAGAGGUGUGCUCCAUUAUGUUCUCAAGAAAUUCAAAGUAUGUUUUGUCAAGUGGAAAGGAUUCUAUUGUGAAACUGUGGGAAAUAUCAACUGGACGCACAAUGGUCAAAUAUACAGGAGCAGGAUUGAGUGGUAGGCAAACACACCGCACCCAGGCGGUUUUCAACCACACUGAAGAUUACGUGCUUCUCCCUGAUGAAAGAACGAUAAGCCUUUGUUGCUGGGAUUCGCGUACAGCUGAGCGCAAGAACCUCCUGUCUCUAGGUCACAACAAUAUUGUCCGCUGCAUAGUGCAUUCACCUACAAAUCCUGGUUUUAUGACAUGUAGCGAUGACUUCAGGGCAAGAUUCUGGUAUAGAAGGUCCAGUACUGAUUGAUUGAGACAAUCAGCAAACGAUUGAUGAUGUAUGGAAGCUCACAACCUGGUUACUAUGCAUUGAGAAAGAGUUGGGCAGUUUGUAGGAAUAGAAAUUAUUUCAACGUGGUCAAUUCUCUUCUACUCUGCUCCAAACAUUGGCUUGAGGUAACAAUUCAUGCUAAGAUAUGAUAUUACCCAAUUCGUUUUAAGUUACAAUGUUGAUUAGCCUCCACACAUCAAUGGACUAUUUGGCCCACAUUUGUUCAUAUAAUUCCUUCAAGGGAUAUUUUGCAACAUGAGAAACCACAGGUUUGUGUUUCCAUGUUAUCUUCACGUGGUUUUAAAAAAUACGUGGUUUUAAAAAAUAAAAUUCUAGCUUUGUGUGUUGAGAUCAGUAACGCUCAAAACUCAAGUCAUUACUUUCUUCAUCAAGGUGCAACACCAAACACUUUACUUAUCCCAGUGGAUGAGGUCAAUGAGCUGUUACUAUUUCAGGAUUAAGUUUUCCUUUUGUAAAAACUAUUGCAGCAUAAAACCUCUUUAAAAUGGUAUACCGUCUCUGAAAUUUACAAAACGAGACCAUGAAACCUGUAGUUUUCUUUGGUACUCCUGUAGUGAUGAGUGCAAACACUGGCUAUGAAGGAUUGAGUUUGGGCGAUCUGAAUGUAGAUCUAAUGAACCCAGAGCAUAAAACUAGUACCUACUUGGUACGAAAUUAACCCAGAUAAGGCAGGUAGUUGAUUACCAUAAAUAGCCUCCAUCCCUUUUUGUAUUUCACGUAUAAUGUGAAAAGAAUUUUGCCGUUGAAGAUAAAUAACUUGAAGUUGAAUGGUGACUCUACACUUGUAUAUGCUUCAUGUUCAGUGUUGCUGAUUAAGUCAGUAUUUACAUGAGAAUUUCUACACUCUUUUUGGAUGUUCUUGACCAAUCUCCCUUUUUGAUAUGUUUUACAUCGAAGUUGGCAGCUGGUAGACUAAAAAUUGAUCCUAUUUUCAUAAUAAUAUUGUUUUACAUUUAUAAUAUGCAAGGUCACAAUGAAGCUGACCCAUUUUUCCUUGUAAUGUACUUGUAGUCUGUCAGCAAUGCAAAGUUGUAGCUACAUUCAUUGCUGGCAGCUUGGUGGUAAUGAAUAAACUUGAAAAU